UGAAAGGACAUGAGAGAGCUUCAAAGUGAAGAGGGCAUGGAGGUUUCUCAACUCAAGAAAGCCAUCUUCUUCAUGUUAAUAUUCUUGGCUCCACUCUUCACUUCCUCCAACACCCUCAAGGCCAGGGAAGACCCAUCAUCACUCCCCAGCAACUUCCUCUUUGGCACGGCCUCUUCUUCUUACCAGUUUGAAGGAGCUUACAAGAGUGAUGGGAAGGGUCCCAGCAACUGGGAUGUUUUUGCUCAUGAACCAGGUAACAUAAUCGAUGGAAGUAAUGGCGACAUCGCCGUGGACCACUAUCAUCGUUAUCUGGAAGACAUAAGGCUUAUGGAGUCGCUUGGAGUGAACAGCUAUCGUUUCUCAAUCUCAUGGGCAAGAAUUCUUCCCAAGGGAAGAUUUGCAGAAGUAAACAUGGCAGGAAUACACUACUAUAACAGACUCAUCGAUAGCCUCCUUCAAAAGGGAAUACAACCCUUUGUAACGUUGACUCACUUCGACAUACCACAAGAACUUGAGGACAGAUACGGAGGUUGGCUCAGUCCAAAAUCACAGGAGGAUUUUGGAUAUUUUGCAGAUAUUUGCUUUAAGUACUUUGGAGACCGGGUAAAGUAUUGGGUCACCUUCAAUGAGCCGAACAUCCAGGCAACAUUAGCAUACCGCUGGGGUCUAUUUCCGCCUGCCCAUUGCUCUGCUCCAUUUGGAAACUGCACAGUUGGAAAUUCGGAGACGGAGCCCUUCAUAGCAGCCCAUAACAUGAUCUUAUCGCACGCAACUGCAGUCAACAUUUACAGGACAAAAUACCAGAAGGAACAAGACGGCAUCAUUGGGAUUGUCAUACAUGCAGCAUGGUUCGAGCCCAUCAGCAACUCAUCAGCAGACAAGUUAGCUGCAGAGAGAGCAAUGUCUUUCUUUAUGAGCUGGUUUUUGGACCCAAUAAUAUUUGGGAAAUAUCCUACGGACAUGAUCAAAAUUCUGGGACCCAUUUUACCCAAAUUUUCAAGAAGCGACCAGGAGAAACUGAAGAAUGGGUUGGACUUCAUCGGCGUCAAUCACUACACAAGUUUCUAUGUCAAGGACUGCAUUUUAUCUAUUUGUGAACCAGGUAAAGGAAUCACCAAGACAGAAGGUUACUACGAACAAAACUCAAAAAAGAACGGCGUACCCAUAGGACAACCUACUGACCUAGAGUGGUUAAACGUCUACCCCCAAGGAAUGGAGAAUAUGGUAACCUAUGUCAAGGAGAGGUAUAACAACACCCCAAUGUUCAUCACAGAAAAUGGUUAUGGUGAAGAGGAUGACCUCCAACUCAAAGACAAAAAGCCCCUGGACGAUCUGAAAAGAGUAGAGUACAUGGCCGGCUAUUUAAGUGCUCUCGUUUCAGCAGUGAGGAAAGGAGCAGAUGUGAGGGGUUAUUUUGCAUGGUCCUUGCUCGACAAUUUUGAAUGGGAAUUUGGAUAUACACAGAGGUUUGGACUUUACCAUGUCGACUUCACCACAUUGAAGAGAACUCCCAAACUGUCAGCAAGUUCGUAUAAGCGGUUUAUCACAGAACACAACGUCAGAACCAUAAUACAUCCAGACCAUCCUAAUCUCCAGCAGAUUUAUUGACCAGCUUAAUGUCUGCUGCUGUGUUACAUUUCCAGGCUCCAGAACCAAUAAAAGAAAACAGAAUUACUAUUAUGUCUCAUCUACAGCAUGCUAUCUAGGAGAAGGAAAGCCUUUCUAUUUUAUUUUCAUACAGUGACCUGCUCACAAAAAUGUAUCCAAGAUAUUUACUGAAUCGUACAGCAUGUUUAGAUAACA